AUGAAGAUGCUGCCGGUGUAUGACCUGUCCAGGCUGCCAGAAAACACAGCACUGAAACAGCAAACAUUGCCCGCCCACCGGCUGAAUUUAUCUGCGUCGGCGGUCCUCUCUAUCUUUUUUGCCACGGGAGGAUUCUGCCUCUCUAUGGGCAUCAUCCUUCUAUUGUCUGCAAAGAGCACCAAGAAAAUUGAGAUAAAUUACACAAAGAUAUGUGUCAAUUGUUAUAAGCUACGGGAAGAUAGUUCUAAUUUUGACAAAGAGUGCAACUGUUCGGUUCCCUUUUACCUUCCGGAGAAAAUGGAGGGUAAUGUUUGUAUGUACUAUAAACUAUAUGGCUUCUAUCAGAAUCUCUAUCGAUACAUGUUAUCAAGAAGCAACAGCCAACUGCUGGGUAAGGAUAUUUGGGAUACCCAGAACUGUUCUCCAUUCCAACUGUCCCACAACAGCACUCCCAUCAUUCCCUGUGGUGCAAUUGCCAACAGCAUAUUCAAUGAUACCAUAAUUCUUUCAUACAACCUAAAUUCAUCUAUAGAUAUAGAAGUCCCAAUGCUGAAGAGUGGGCUUGCAUGGUGGACAGAUAAGUACAUCAAAUUUCAGAAUCCAAGAAGCACGGAUCUUGCUAGUACAUUUGCAGGAAGCGCAAAGCCUCUGCAUUGGGCCAAACCUAUCUACGAACUGGAUCCAGAUGACCCAGGAAACAACGGCUUCAUCAAUGAGGACUUCAUUGUAUGGAUGCGGACGGCUGCCUUUCCCACGUUCAAAAAGCUGUACCGCCGACUCAACCGCGUGGGCUACUUUGCUGAAGGCUUACCCGCUGGUAACUACAGUUUCAACAUCUCCUACAAUUUUCCAGUAACCAAAUUCCAAGGAGAAAAAUCUGUUGUUCUUUCCACCCUGACAUGGAUUGGAGGAGGAGGCCUUUUCUUAGGACUUACUUACACGGUGACAGGGGCAUUGACAUUGUUGGCCUCUUUUGCCAUCCUUGCAAUUAACUUGAUGCUGAAAAGGAGUAAAAAAUACUUCCUGUAAGAAGGAAGGUAAGACUUAAAAAGAAGAACAGCAGAAGUAGACAACGGAAUAAUAGAACCAAAGCUUGAAAUGUUUCUGAGACAGCUCAGCAAGGGGUACUGGACUGACUGAAUCAAA